GUUUUGUUUGUUUUGAACCAAACGGCCUUUAAAUCUCUCAAGACCGCCAUUCUCAGAAACAGACAUAUUGGUAAACAGAACAUGGCGGCCACAGGAGCAUGUUUUUUCCCCGCCGGAUUUUCCCCGCCGGUGGUUCGUUCUUGCAUGACGACAUCAUCGUCACCCGGUAAAGUGGAACCAAAACCGGUUCCAAAUCAGAGUCGGGGAUUUACAGUUUCUACAGAACAAAUAUCAACCGGAACGAAAACUGCGAAGGCGAAGACGACGAGUUUCACAAACAAUGCAAGGACGGAGAUGGAACGGUUAGAAGAAGAAAGAGAAAAAAUAAAAGAGAAGAAAAAUCCAUUCAUUUGGGAGUUAGCGGAAGCGGAAAUAAAGAGUAGAAAGAGCUUGAAGGAUUAUUUUGAGGAGUCGAAGGAUUUGAUCAGAUCGGACAGCGGUCCACCACGGUGGUUGUCUCCGUUGGAGUGUGGAUCGCGCUUGGACAAGUCUCCUCUCCUCCUCUAUUUACCCGGGAUUGAUGGGGUUGGGCUAGGCCUUGUUAGACAACAUCAGAGUCUUGGAAAGCUUUUCGACAUAUGGUGCUUGCAUAUUCCAGUCAAGGAUAGAACACCAUUUACAGACUUGUUGAAGCUGGUUGAACAAACAGUUAAAUCGGAACAUCAAUCUUCACCUCACAGACCAAUAUAUCUUGUUGGGGAAUCUCUGGGAGCAUGCCUCGCACUUGCUGUUGCAGCUCUUAACCCUGACAUUGAUCUUGUACUCAUUUUGGCUAAUCCAGGAACAUCUUUUAAGAAGUCGCAGCUGGCACUUCUAAUACCUUUAUUGACAGUCAUGCCUGAUGAACUACAUCUUUGCCUUCCUUAUUUGCUGAGCUUGAUGACAGGUGACCCUUUGAAGGCAGUGAUGGAUAAUGUGAUGAAGAGAGUUCCUCUACAACAGUUGUUUGGAGAGCUGUUUCAGGAUGUCACCGCAGCAUCAUCUUACCUAUCUGUCCUGAGUGAUAUGUUUCCAAAAGAAACAAUUCUGUGGAAGCUAAAUCUGCUUCAAUCAGCUUCAGAAUUUGCUAAUUCACGCCUCCAUGCUGUAAAUGCUCAAACACUGAUACUCUCCAGUGGAUAUGACAAGUUACUACCAAGUAAAGAGGAAGGUGAAAGACUUCAUCAAGUGCUGCCGAAAUGUGAGAUACGUUGGUUUGAUGAUAGUGGACAUUUUCUCUUCUUGGAAGAUGAAUUUGAUAUAGGGACUGUUAUCAAGGGUACUAAUUUCUAUCGUCGAGGAGCAUACCAUGACUACAUUUCAGAUUUCAUACGACCAUCCCCUGCUGAAUUCAAAAAAAUAUAUGAAUCAAACAGGUGGAUAUGGGAUGUUGUGAGCCCUGUGAUGCUCUCAACAUCUGAAGAUGGAGAGAUAGUCCGGGGUUUUGGAGGAAUUCCUUCAGAAGGUCCAGUGUUGUUCAUUGGCUAUCACAUGUUACUGGGAUUUGAAUUAUCUCCAAUGAUUUCCCAACUUGUUUAUGAAAGAAAUAUUCUUUUGAGAGGGAUAGCACAUCCAUCGAUGUUUACGAGAUUGAAAGAAGGACGGUUACCUCCAAUUUCACAAUUUGACAUAUUCAGACUUAUGGGUGCAGUUCCUGUUUCAGGAAACCUUCUCUAUAAACUUUUGUCUUCAAAGGCUCAUGUAUUGUUGUACCCAGGAGGUGUUCGCGAGGCCUGUCAUCGUAAGGGUGAGGAAUACAAAUUAUUCUGGCCGGAACAGUCUGAAUUUGUCAGGAUGGCAGCUCGGUUUGGAGCCAAAAUUGUGCCAUUUGGUGUUGUUGGAGAAGAUGAUUUUUUUGAAGUAUUUUUUGACUAUGAUGACCAAAUGAAGGUUCCUUUGCUUAGGGAUUACAUAAAAGACAUAGCAGAGCAGGCUAAGAGUGUGAGGACUGAAGUACAUGGUGAAGCAGGAAACCAAGAUAUGCACCUUCCAGGAGUUCUACCAAAAUUUCCAGGAAGAUUCUAUUAUUACUUUGGGAAACCAAUUGAAACAGAAGGAAGGAGAGAAGAAUUAAAAGAUAAAAAGAAAGCUCAAGAAUUGUACUUACAAGUGAAGACUGAAGUGGAGGAAUGCCUUGCUUUUUUGAAGGAGAGAAGAAAAAGUGAUCCUUACCGGAAUAUAGUUGCUCGUAUGGUUUACCAGGCCAAUCAUGGAUACUCUUCUGAGAUUCCAACGUUUGAGCUUUGAUUGUUCUGCACAAUGAAGAUUUUGAUUAUUUUCUGUAGUUCUCAAAUAAUUAAGCUUCGAAGAAGAAAAAGAGAAGUUCGGUUCACUUCAAGGCAGCACAGAGCAGAAAAAAAAAAUCUGAUUCUCGAGUAGAUGGUAGUUCUAAAAUAAAUGCCGUUUGGGGCUUCAGCUGUGUUACUGUAUAUGGUGAUUUUACAUUUGGCUAGUUCCGGCAAAGUUGAUCAUUAGGAAUAUGUAAUAUUUAUAUUUCUGUAAAUGUAACAUUUUAUUAUGUAUCAAUCAAUAUCAAAUUGCCUGUACAAUGUGGCUUGAUUUAUUCACGCCACUACAAAAUUCAUUUGAUUACUUUGUCCUGUAA